GUUCUUGUGAGUAUUCAAGAUGGUGGCAGUCCUCCUAAGGUGGGUGACAAUACUGCGACCAUUACCAUCAAUGUAAAUAGGAAUAACUUCAGUCCCCAGUGGCAAAACCUACCGUACGAGAACAUUGUACAGGAGGAUGCAGGGAUCAACGAUGUUGUGUACACUGUACAAGCCACAGAUGACGAUUCUUUUUACAAUAUCGUUCGUUAUCAAGUGAUUGGUUUCGGAAGUGCACCAGUUUACUUUCAAGUGGGCGAAGCGAGUGGUGUUAUAACUGUCAAAUCUGCACUGGCAGGCAGCUCAGAAGAGGUGUUCUAUGUACGAGUGCGGGCUUAUGAUAAUGGAAGUCCUGUUAAAGAAAACACUACGACUUUAACCUUAAAAAUCGAGCGCAACCUUUUCAAUCCAACUGUGACGCAGGCGUCCAUUACUCAGCGCAUUCCAUCAACACAAGACCUUGGCGUACCAAUUGUUACAGUACCCGCUCAGGAUCUUGACAGCCAGCCACCUAACAAUGUGAUCAGAUACAACAUGACUGCUACGGCUGCUGUACUUGAAUUCUUCGAUAUUGAUGUUGAGAGUGGUUCUAUUUAUGUGAAGAAAUCUCUAGUUCUGGAUACAGCCGAGACACCACAAUUCACGAUGAGUGUUUCUGUUUAUGACAUGGGAACUGUGUCCAAGACGUCACUGUCUGCCACCAAUGUCAUCAUCAAUGUGUUUAGAAACCGGAAUGCUCCAUUCUUUGGGGCCCAAAAUUAUGCUGUGACUAUUCCAGAGAAUCGUCCUGUUGAUAAUAAUAUUCUUCCCAUCACCUUCGGAGACAGUGAUACAGAUGUAAGUUCAUGACCAUGAUACAAAUGUAGGUCAAAGGCAGUGGUACAAAUGUAAGUCGAAGACUGUGAUACAGCUGUAGGUCAAGAACA